AUGCACAUCACCCUCCCAACCUUCCCGACCCUCACAAUCUUCACAACACUCCUCCUCUUUCUUCUCACCUCCUCCCUAAAAACCACAAAUGCCUCCUCGGUAGGCGCAUUCCAACCAAUAGAUAGUUGUCAAAACCACGCGGGUGCAUGUGAAGAGGAACAGAAUGGAAGGAGGAAGGUUAGGGUGAGAUGGGGCGGGGGGAGGUUUGGAAGGUUUGAGAGGAGGUUUGUGGUGGGAAGGAGGGAGGAAGAUGGGGAUGUGGAGGAGGAGGGUGUGGAUGGGGAGGAUGAGGAGGAUAUGGAGGAUGCAGGAGAUGUGGAUAUGGAUGUGGAGGAUGUAUCAUAG